AUGCCUGGAAUAAUCGGCAAAGAUAGUUGGCCACCAAAUAGUCCCGAUUUGAGCCCCUUGGACUACAGUAUUUGGUCCGAAUUUGUACAACAAAUUAAUUGGAGUGCUGCUCGAUCAAAAGAAAGUUUAAUUGAAGAAUUAAAACGUGUUGUUAAAAAAAUUAGGCCAGAAAUAGUUUUACAAAGUUGUGAAAGUUGGACGAAGCGAUUGCACCGUUUAAAAAAAAUUAACGGCGGUUAUCUUCAUUAA